AUGCCCAAGAAGGCCAACGCGUCGGCGGCGUCUGCGGGCGCUCGUGCCCUGCGUCCAGUGGCUCUAGAGACAUGGCUGGCAUCUACACGUCGUCUCUUGUCUAUGGAGCAGCAGGAGGAGGUGCAGACCAUGCGGGACGAGCUGGAAACGCUCGACGACAACGAAAACCCGAAUGUAUUGACACAUUUGACUCUUGCACGCUACUCCACGGGACUAUUCGGACGCACCCUGCUGCAGUUCUCGUUCCCUUCGCUUAGUUUACGGCAAGCAAAGCCACACCAAUUCACAGUGGGGGAUUUAGUGCAGAUCCGAGCGCAGAAAAACACUCUAACCGGAGCCAAACUACCCACUGGAAUCGUGUCCCGUGUCGAGGAACGAGGCAUCUCUGUGGCUGUCAAUAGCGACCAAGAAGACGUGGAUGAAGUGGAGCUACUGACCGCAACAGCAGGCGUCACACUGGACCGCCUAGUGAACAACGCAACGUUCCUCAAGUUGACGAGCGCUCUGGACCAAAUGACCAAGUUCGAGUUCGGCGCAGCUCAGACGGUAGUGGACGUCGUGUUCUCGGAGCGCGAGCCGAGCUGGAACACACCACUUCCUGACAUAACGCCCUUUAAUACAGGUCUAAACGAGUCUCAAGUGGAGGCGGUAAGAUUCGCACUGGCGUCCAAGGACUUGGCUCUCAUUCACGGCCCUCCAGGAACCGGCAAGACGACGACAGUGGUGGAGUUUAUACUGCAGGCAGUGACCAGAUUCGACCUAAAGGUUUUAGUCUGUGCUCCGUCAAAUAUCGCCGUGGAUAAUGUGCUAGACAAGCUGGCGAGCACGUGUUCGACGCUUAGGAAGAAGCUGAAGCUCACACGUAUAGGACACCCCGCGCGAGUGCUGCCGCAGAUACUGAACUACUGUUUGGAUGCCAAGAUCGAGAGUGCAGAAGGCACCGAGAUAGUGAACGACAUCCGCCAGGAAAUGAGCUCCAUGCAGAAAAAGCUGCAGAAGACUCGAGACAAGAGCGAACGGUACCGAUUACGACGCGAGAUGAAGGCCAAUCGCAAGGAGAUCCGGACUCGAGAGCAGAAGGUGGUGGGCGACAUCAUCCGACACAGUGACGUCGUGUUCGCGACCAACGUCGGCGCAGCGUCGAAGCUUCUCAAGGACGUGACGUUCGACUUGGUUAUCAUUGACGAGGCGGCGCAGGCACUCGAGGCGUCGUGUUGGAUCCCCAUGCUGAAGGCCAAGCGCUGCGUGUUGGCUGGGGAUCACCUACAGCUCCCUCCCACCAUCAAGUCGAGGGCAGCAGCAGCCAAAGGACUGGAAGUGACGCUGUUCGAUCGGGUCACAAGCUACACGAACACUCAGAGCAUCGUCAAGAUGCUGGACACGCAGUACCGAAUGCACCAAGAUAUCAGCGAGUGGAGCUCCCAGGCGAUGUACAAGGGAGAGCUCAAGAGCUUCGAGGGCGUCGCGAGGCGCAAGUUGCAUGAGCUGCCGCACGUCUCGAUCUCUAAAGAAGACGAGUUGCUGGAUGCCACGUUGUUGCUGCUGGACACGGCGGGAUGCGAGCUUGAGGAGGACGCGAAGGACGAAGAGAAGGCUAGCAGUACCCUUCAGCUGUCCAAGUCGAACGAGGGGGAAGCUCACGUCGUUGCGAGACACGUGAGUGCUCUAUUGAAGGCUGGAUUGAAGGAGGAAGAGGUCGCUGUGAUCACGCCGUACAACAAGCAGGUGCAGACUCUGAAAGCUCUGCUGCUUGAGAGCUACCCGAAGCUCGAAAUCCGAUCUGUGGAUGGCUUCCAGGGCUGCGAGAAGGAGGCAGUUGUCAUGAGUCUGGUGCGCUCCAAUGCCUCGAGACAGGUAGGCUUCCUUGCCGACGAUCGCCGUAUGAAUGUAGCCAUCACACGUGCGAAACGGCAUGUAGCAGUAGUGUGUGAUACCGACACCAUCUCGUCGCACAAGUUCCUGAGUGGAUUAGUGAAGCACUUUGAGAAGUACGGAGAGUACCGAAGUGCUCAAGAGUAUCUGGACGAAGAUGUCGUCGAAGGAGCAAUGGACGAACAACUCGUCAUGUCGAUUACAGAGUCAGCAGCUGAAAGCGACCAGGCUGAUGCAGUUACAGCGUCUUCUUCUUUGAAGCCUAUCGCGAAGACUAAAGUCACAAAACCUAAACAAGCGCAGAAGCCUAGGAAGACAGGUUCUAGCAGCGCUGUGAAGGUGGUUGACAGGAAGAAGACAGCGUCCAACGACGAGAAACCGGAGGCGGCGGAAGCGACUGCAAUAGAACCUGCUGUCGCUGUACAAGAGGAGGAGGAGGAGGAAGAGAUAGAGGACAAGGCUGUAGCGACGAAGAGCGUGUUCCAGAUGAUGGUGUUUGAUAGCGACAGCUCCGAUGACGACAAUGAUGAAGCAGUGGACGUCGAGGUCAGUCAACAAGAGUCCAAGGCGAGCAGUCCGGACGAAGAUCUCAAGGCUGCUAGCUCACUGUUAAAGGAUCUGUACUUGAGUCGACUCGCUCGCCAACCUGCGCCACCAGCACCGACGUCAGACAAGAGGAAGAAGAAGAAAAACAAGAGGAAGAAGACCCAAGUCAAGGCUGUCAACACCGCCCCCAUAGACGACCUGAAAGACGGAGAAGAUGAGCUGGAAUUCCUCACGCGACAAGCCAACCAGAGCUCGAGCUGCGCGUUCCAGAGCUCCAGUCGCUGUAAGAAAAAGACGACCAUGUUGGGCAGUGUCUGCAAGUUCUGCAAGCUCAAAUUCUGCCACGACCACGCGCUGCCCGAAGUGCACGGCUGCGGGGACGCUGUGCGAAAGUUUGAGCGAGCCGCGUUCCAGCAGCAAAUGACGCGCUCAAGCGAUACGUCGGGCAAGAAGCUCACCGGGGAUAAACGCAAACUGCUCAAGAAGAAAUUGGAAGAGAAUGUUUCUGCUAAAACCGCGAGUCGGUCCACAAGAGCCAAGAAAAAAUAG